GUUACGUCUCUUAGGAGUCUUAUUUCCACAUUCUCUGGCAAACAUAUCAGUCACCAGAAGUCCUCCUUGGUGAAUGUUUACCAGCUGCCGUGAUGGCCGAAUGUUCCAUUUUCCGGCGCUGGUUUUCUUCAAAUGUUUACUUGAUUUGCGCCCUUUUCCUUUUCCUGAUCUCCAAAUCCCAGAGUGAUGACGUUGGAGUACUUAUGCAGCUGAAAUCAACUCUCCGGAGUGCAGAUUCACCUGUUUUUGAUACAUGGACCCGGCAAAAUUCAGCAUGCAACUUCACUGGCGUGACUUGUGACUCCAACCACAAGGUAACAGAAAUCAAUCUUUCUUUGCAAAAUUUGUCAGGGCCUGUUUCUUUUGAUCUAAUAUGCUCCCUCGAAUCACUCGAGAAAAUAUCUCUGGGAUCGAACUUUUUGUAUGGAAGCAUCAGUGAUCACUUGUCUAAUUGCACUAGCUUGCAGCAUUUGGAUUUAGGCAUGAACUACUUUUCUGGAAAGGUCCCUGAUUUGUCAUCUUUAACCAAAUUGGAGCUCUUGAACUUAAACCACAGUGGAUUUUCGGGUUCUUUUCCUUGGAGCUCAUUAGCAAAUCUUACCAGUCUUGGUUUUUUGAGCCUAGGUGACAAUGAUUUUGAUAGGAGUCCAUUCCCUUUGGAACUGCUAAAACUGGAGAAGUUGUAUUGGCUUUACCUCUCAAAUUGUAGCAUUGAGGGUCAAAUUCCAGAUGGUAUUGGGAAUCUCACGCUGCUCGAAAAUCUUGAGCUAUCCUACAAUAACUUGGUCGGUAGCAUCCCAAAUGGGAUUACCAGACUAAGCAAGCUUAACCAACUUGAGCUGUACACUAAUGGACUCACGGGAAAGAUUCCAGUGGGAUUUGGAAAUCUCACUAACCUUGUAGAAUUUGAUGUUUCAACCAACUAUAUCGAGGGCGAUCUUUCAGAGCUAAGAUCCUUAACACAACUGGCAUCUUUACAACUUUUUGAGAAUCAGUUGUCAGGUGAGGUUCCUCAAGAAUUUGGAGAGUUAAAGUUCCUCACCCAAUUCUCACUUUACACUAACAAGUUAACGGGACCUCUUCCUGAGAAGAUCGGAUCAUGGUCAGAGUUGCUCUACAUUGAUGUUUCUGGUAAUUUUCUGACCGGUCCGAUACCACCUGAUAUGUGCAAGGGGGGCAAAUUGUCUAAGCUUUUGAUGCUUCAGAACGGAUUCACUGGUGGAAUACCAGCUUCUUAUGGUAAUUGUCCAUCUUUAACUCGUUUACGUGUAUGCAACAAUUCACUUUCAGGCGAAGUUCCUAGUGGAAUUUGGGGUCUGCCAAAGGUAACUAUAAUUGAUCUCAACUUGAAUCAAUUUGAGGGACCUGUUGCACCAAGUAUCGGUGAUGCCAAGUCUCUAGCACAGUUGCUCCUGGCCAACAAUCAGUUCUCUGGUGAACUACCUCAGAGAAUAUCGGAAGCUGCUUCAUUGGUUAAGAUUGAUAUCGCCUCAAAUAAGUUGUCUGAAGAAAUUCCAGCAACAAUAGGCAACUUGAAGAAAUUGAGUUAUCUUCAUUUGGAAUUUAACUCAUUUUCUGGUGUUGUUCCAGAUUCAUUGGGUUCCUGUGCUUCUCUCAAUGACAUAAAUCUGGCACACAAUUCAUUUUCUGGGAAUAUUCCAGCAAGCCUCGGUUCCCUUCCAAGCUUGAACUUCCUAAAUCUCUCGAACAACCAAUUCGUUGGUGAGAUUCCUCUGAGCUUUACAUCACUACCUCUAAACCUUCUUGAUUUGUCAAACAAUAGGUUGGUUGGGCACAUCCCAGAUUCUUUAUCAAUAGAUGCUUUUAAUGGUAGCUUUGAUGGAAACUCUGGCCUCUGCAGUGAAAGCAUUAGAAGUUUCAGGUUAUGUUCAUCAGAUUCAGGCUUGUCCGGGAAGAUUAAAACAGUGAUAUAUUGCUUCAUAGCCAUUGCUUGUGUCUUGAUUGUGACACUAACAUGCUGUCUAUUUUUGAGGUUUAGACACAAAAAUGGGGAAAUUCCAGUAAAGCGAUCUGAUUCUUGGGAUAUGAAGCUGUUCUAUGUAUUAAGCUUCAGUGAAGAGCAAAUUCUGAAGGCCCUUAAGCACGAAAAUUUAGUUGGCAAAGGUGGCUCUGGUAAUGUUUAUAAAGUCGUCCUACACUGUGGAAUGCAGUUGGCUGUGAAGCACAUAUGGAAUCAAGAUUCCGUUUCCAGAAAUAGUUGCCGGAGCACCUCAGCAAUCCUGGCAAAGGGCAAGGGCAAGGGCAGAUCAAAGGAAUACGAUGCUGAGGUUGCCACUUUAAGCUCCGCGAGGCAUGUAAAUGUGGUGAAACUGUACUGUAGCAUCACAACUGAGGACUCAAAUUUGCUGGUCUAUGAAUACCUGCCUAAUGGGAGCUUGUGGGAUAGGUUGCACACAGGCCAGAGGAUCAAGAUGGAUUGGAUGGCAAGAUAUGAAAUCGCGCUUGGGGCUGCCAAGGGACUGGAAUAUCUGCAUCAUGGCUGUGAUAGACAAAUCAUACACCGAGAUGUAAAGUCCAGCAACAUUUUGUUGGAUGCUGAUCUCAAGCCUAAGAUAGCAGAUUUUGGACUAGCCAAGAUAUUGCAGGCCAAUGAACCUAAUGCUAGGGAGUCAACACACGUCAUUGCAGGGACACCGGGCUAUAUUGCCCCAGAAUAUGCCUAUGCCUGCAGCGUUAACGAGAAAAGUGAUGUAUACAGCUUCGGGGUGGUUUUAAUGGAAUUGGUAACUGGAAAGAAACCAGUAGAACCAGAGUUUGGGGACAAUAAGGACAUAGUUUCUUGGAUUUACAUCAAACUGAGAAGCGAACACAGGACAAUUGAGUUGGUGGACAAGAGCAUUUCAGAGGCUCUGAGAGAAGAUGCUGUCAAGGUACUGAAAAUUGCAAUUCACUGCACCUCAAGAACUCCAGUGUUAAGACCCUCAAUGAAAAUGGUAGUUCAGAUGCUGGAAAAUGCAGAGCCCUGUAAACUCAGCAGCAUCGUAGUGAAUACUAGAGAGGUCUACAAUUGCAAGAAUAAGGAGGUGCUUUGCAGAAGUAGUAGUACUACUAGUGGUAGCAGUCAAUUUUGAUAUACAAUUUCGCCUGUAAAUAUGGAGAUGACACUCUAUUCAGUAAUGUUGCACUUACUUCAGGUCUAGCUCUAUAUUCAGACUCAGUAGUAAA